AGAGGUAACCCGUUUUGUUGUACUCCAAAAGCGUAUCAAUGCCAAAAUGACGUCUCAAAACCAACCUCAGAUAAUUAAUAACUUUGAAAUACCUUCAUGGGCUGGCAAACCCCCACCCGGUCUUCACUUGGAUGUGAAAAAAGAUUCAAAAAUGAUACAGAAACUCAUGAUUGAUGAGAAGAGAGUAUACUUUUUCGGUCGGAAUCGGCAAAUGUGCGAUUUUUGUAUAGAUCACGCAUCCUGCUCUAGAGUACAUGCUGUAUUGGUUUGGCAUAAACAGCUGAAUAGACCAUUUAUAAUCGAUCUUGGCAGCACUCAUGGAACGUAUAUAGGAUCUAUCAGAUUGGAGACAAGGAAACCGCAAGCUGUUCAAAUGGACAGUGAGCUACACUUUGGGGCCUCAACUAGAAUCUAUAUUAUUAGGGAAAAGCCUACGUCAGUACAACAAAUAUUAAGGUCAUCUGACCAAAAAUCUGAAGAAUUAGAGGGAGGUUUAAUGGGCCUACCAGAAACUGAAACUGAGUUGGACAAUUUAACAGAGUUUAAUACGGCGACUAAUCGUCGAAUUGCAGCUAUAACCGAUGGAUCGGACCAAAAUGUCAAACGAAAAAGAAAGAGUCUUCAUGUAUCAUUCAACGAUAGUGAAGAAGUUAUUAAUCCAGAGGAUAUUGAUCCAGCGGUCGGAAGAUUCAGAAAUCUUGUUCACACAGUGGUUGUUCCAACGAAGAAAGUUCGAUUAGAUUCUAAUUUAAUCGAUGGACGGUCGAAGAGCUCAAUGGCUGCCAGCGUGCUGCCCUCACCUGCUGCUGCAGCUGUAUUCGACGAAUAUGAUCUAGCCGGAGUGUUAGGUCCCCAAUCUAUAGGUAUUGCUAAAAAUUUCAACCUUCGAGCCCCUAAUUUGGCACCAGAUGUCGACGAUAUACCAGUAGAGACAUUUGAACCAUCACCAAUUAAACACUCUAACAUGAUCCCACAAUCACCAACGGACCCAAUGGAACCAAAAAAGAAGAAAUAUGCAAAGGAGGCAUGGCCCGGAAAAAAACCAACAGGUCCAAUGGCUCCACCAGGAAAUGCCUAUGGAUUCAUGUAA